AUGCUCCUGGUUCGUCCCUCGGACAAUCUACUCUGGGCCGGUGUCUUUGUCAAGGAGAUCCCACUAACUCGUACAUUUCACAGUGAACUGGUGGCUGCUUCUCGUUGUUCAGCCCAUGCGCAGGCCAAAAUGGAAUACCUUAUUGCAUUGGUCUACUGGAUCCAGCGUUGGACGACGUUCUACCAGACUGUGAGUUUCAAGCAGGCCUUUUUUUCCUGA